AUGAAAUUAACCCAUCUUGCAGUCUAUUUGAUCUUUGCAACUGUGGGUGCAAAAAAGUUUGAUCAAUGGUCUCUGGGAGAUAUUGAAUUAUUCUUGUCCGACAGAGGUGUUAAUUUUGACGUAAAGGAUAACAGAGAUGAACUCGUUGCUUUAGCAGAAGAAGAGUUUAACAAAUUGAAGAAGGAAAACACAGAGGGCCUGUCUAUUGUUGGAGAAACUGUCCAAAAUAUCUUGAACUAUGUCACUGGUCUGCAGAAGGUUCCACUGACUUGGGAUUAUCUUGUAAACGGGAUCAGCGACACUGCUGAAGACACAUCUAGCUCAAUCAAAUCUUGGGUGUUUGAUUCUUGGAAUAAAGUUGAGUUACAAAAAUUCCUCAAGGAAAACGGUAUCAAAUAUAAGAAGAAGGCUCAGAAGUCUGAUCUUGUUGCACUUGCCAAGGAGCAUUACGAUGAAAUUGCAAAUAAAUUUGGACUGUCCGGGUACUAUCCUGGUUCAUGGUUGUACGAUAGCUGGUCAAUUGAUGAUUUGAAGAAAUGGUUAUCUGAAAAUGAUUUAACGUAUGACGAUGCUAAGGAUACUAAAGAUGAAUUGAUCAAAAAGGUUAAAGAAUACAACUAUUUGGCUUCAUUGGAAAUUCAAGAUUCUAAGAAAUCAUUAUUUGAUGCUUUACUGCUAGGAGAACUGGAUAUCUUCGACAAAUCUAACAAAGUAAAACAGGAUUUCAUCGAUUCUUGGUCUUAUUCUCAACUUAGAGAGUGGUUGUACUACCAGGGCCUUAUUGACACUAAGCCUGGUAUUAAGGUUGAUAACUUGGACAAGGACAAGUUGAAAAGUAUCGUUUUGAGCAAUCAACAGUAUUUAGUUGAUGAUAUUAACAGUUGGAGCGAACAAGUUGCUAAGACUGCAUCACCAUAUUUAGAAAAGGGUGCCGACGCAAUUAAAGAUACGAAGGAAAACGUCGAGGAGGUCAUUAAUGACACUUUUUUAAUUGGUGUUGAGAAAUGGGAUAGAUCUCGCUUGAAGUCAUUUUUGGAAGGAAGAGAUAUCCAAGUUCCUAAAUUCUCCACUCACAAGAGCUUGGUCAAUUUGGUGAAGGAGCACAUCAACUCACCAUUAUCCAAUAAAAGAACUGAUUCCGUUGGCUCAUGGUUCUAUGAUAACUUGUCUACACAAUCCAUUCGUGAUUGGUUGAAGAGGAGCGGAAAGAGUGUUGAAGGGUCCAGAGAUGAAUUGAUCAAGCAAUUGGAAGAUCUCGUAAACUCAGGGCAGGACAUUAACGAAAAUGUUCAGAAGGAAAUCUCUGAACAAAUCUCUUCUUUCAAACCAAAUUUGGAUGCAUACAGACUGUAUGCAACUAAGGCAAUACAAGAUGCAAACAAGGAAUCAAAAGAAAACUACGAAAAAGUGAAGGCUGCUGCCAAGGAGGCAAAGGAUGAUACCUAUGAGAAAUAUGAUGCAACAACCUCUUUAGCCGAAGAGGCUCUUUUAGAUUCUUACAAAUUAGCCAGUGAAUACUAUGAGACUGCUGCCAAAUUGAUUGGCUCAAAGGUUGGAUCCAACAGUGCCAAGUUGAAGGAGGCAUUGAAUGAGGCUAACAAGGCUUCUUACGAAUAUGCAGCAAACUUUGCUAAGUCUGUAUCAGACAAAUAUCUGGAAACUACUCCAAAAUUAGAACAAUCUCUUAAGUCUGCUCAGGUUGAGGGAACUUCAUAUGCCAAUUAUGUCAUUGAUGUGGUUUCUUCUAAAUUGGAUGACGUUCAAGAGAAUGGUCAAGCUGCCGGUGCUGCAUUGUCUGCAUUUUGGGAUCAAGCCAAUGCUUACUUCUACAAAUUUAUUCAACCAAAGGCUAAUGAUAUUCAUUCUUCAGCUACUGAUGCUGCUGGUGGUUUUUACGCUCAAGCGACCGAUAAGGUUGGUGAAUUCGCUUCAAAUGCCCAAGAGGCAGUUCAAAACGCUUAUGGUGAGACCAAGACACCCAACGAAUAUGUUGAUAUUGCCCAAGAUCAUUUGAACAAUGCUUAUAAUAGUGUUACAAGCGGCUGGACUAAUUUUUGGACGAGAUUAUCUGACUCAGAUAUCAAGGCUUACUUGAGAUCUUUUGGUUAUAGUUCCAAAUUUUUGAAUACUAUCAACCAUGAACAAUUAACUCGUUUAGCUCAAGAGCAAACCAACUUUUACUUUGGUUCAUCCAAUGUAUGGGAUAAACCAAUUACUGAGGUAAUUUCAGAAAAACUUGGCUUUGGUAAGAAGAAGACAACCGUAGAUAAGAUCAAAGAAGCUGUCCAGUUUUAA